AUGACGACGAGAAUGCCGAACAUGAGACGCGAGUUCCAGAACGCCUCGACUCCUUCACCCAUCUCCACACCUGCCACUCCCACGUCGGCCGCAACCAUAACAACUGGGCCUGGCGACGGCUCGAGCUCGGAGGACAAGCCUACUGGCACGCAGACCACCACCAGGGUUCGAAUCGGCGACAAGCCUCAGUUCGGCCAGCCCGGGUACCACACCGAGACCAUAACGCUCUCGACCGAGUCCUCCACCACGAGUCAGCCAAUCCUGUUCAACCCACUCCCCGAGCAGCACGGCCACGAUGGCCCCGUCACAGUCGUAUCCACAAUCCAUACCGAAGUAGUGGCCACAAUCACGAAGCAGACGACGCUUCCGGGUGUUGUGACGACCAUCACCAGCCAGACCACAUCAGAGGUGCGGACACUGGAUGGAUCGGUCAGCGAGUACACUGUGACGAGCACGCUGCACGGAUCCAUCAUUGGCCUCGAGCCAUCAUACACGACAGCAGAGGUGGCGACACUCACCAACUCAGACGGGACGCCCACGGCCAUCGUCACGCGCACGCCGGCGGCGGUAUCCACACCGGUAGUCCUCACCUUGACCGAUCCGGACGGCAAGCCAACAGCGACGGUGACGACUUGCGUUUUGGUCCCCACCCGGACGCGAGUCCUCACAAACACAGCCGGCGCCGCAACCGCCACCAUCACCGAGUACCCGAUCCCCGCGACGCAACCCCCCGAUCCGCAGACGGGCGUCAAGGUCUACUACAUCUCCGAGGGCGAGUAUUUCGUGGGCUUCUUCCUGCCGACGCUGCUCGCGGUGAUGCUGACGAUCCCGCUCCGCACGAUCGACCUGGCGGCGAAGCAGCUGCAGCCGUGGCACGCUCUGACGCGCCAUCGGAGCGCGUCGGCCCGGGACUCGCUGUGUCUGAGGACGGGCGGGAUGCACGGCGUCGUGGCGAGCGUCCGGUCGUUGGCAGGCGGCCAGGUCCUGGUGUUCCUGACGACGUUGCUGCUGCUGGCUGCUGUGCUGCUCGUGCCGUUGUCGUCGGAGGCCGUGGCGCUGAAGCUGCAUGGUAGCUGCUCGAGGCUGGAUUUCAGGGGCUGUGCGAUGACGUUGGGGGUGUUCCUUGGCCCGGCAAGAGCGACAAUUGGAGUGUUGGGGUUUAUGGUCGUGUUAUUGCUGCUUAUCUUGUUCGUUCUUCGCCGCUGGCAGACGGGGGUGGCGGCAAAUCCGUGGUCCAUCGCGGCUGUUGCGUCCUUGUCGACAAACCCUGGGUUAAGAGCAGUUUUCUCAUCGCUGUCGACCGGUCGGGGGGAGAAAAUUGACCACCGGCAACUUGUAGCCGCGUUAGAGGGCAAGAGGUUCGAGCUGGGGUCCUUCUUCAACCGUUACGGCGUCCCUGACUACGGCGUCAUGGUUCAAGAGGCGGAUGCGUCAUUGUGGAAGGUCGACUCGGAGUCAAGCCUCAGCUUAAAAUCGCCGCAAGAGAGCGAAGUUACCGAAACUCAUCGCAAAACCGAGCAUCAUCUCCCGUUUCUCAUGCUGUCAUACACAGCGAGAGCGGUGUGCCUAGUGACCAUAACCGGCAUCAUGGUGCUGAUCUUGUACUACAACAACACGGGCGGCGAUACGGGGUUUGAGAGGUUCAUGGGCACGCAGAACUUCGGAGUGCGCGCGCUGUUCACGCUGGCUGGCGUGGGCGUCAGCUUCUUCUGGAGCUGCUUUUUUACCAGUCUGGCGGUGCUCAGCCCUUAUCAGAUGCUCUCACAACCCCCCCAACCCCCUCAGCGGACCAUCACGGUGUCCCCGCCACUGAACGCCUUCUCUGGUAUCGUGGGCGCCGUCCAGCAGCGCCACGAAUUUCUCAUCCUGGUCGCCUUCACGGCCAUCCUGUCCGAGUUCAUGCCGAUCGUGCUUAGCAAUGUGCCGUUCCGGGUUACGCAGACGUGGAUGACAUCGCGCGUUUGCACUUGGAUGGCAGUCGGCAUCCUCAGCCUCAUGUGGCUCGUCGUUGUUGGUACCUUUUUUGUCAGGUGGCCGCACAUGCCUGUCGAUCCCAGCACCAUUGCCGGAGCCAUGUAUUAUGUUUGUGACUCUUGGAUGUUGGGGAGUAUGGAGGGUUUGAGCAGGCUUGAGAGUGAAGAGCGCGACAAGCGAAUCGCCGAGCUGGGGUUGAGAUUCCAAUUUGGCGACAUUGUUGGAAUUCCCCAAGCAAAUUAUCAGGAUACCCGGACACCUGGAACUGCAGGACAGAGGGUGCAUGUACAUACAAGCAAACGAUAA